UGCCCAAUUCCAAAAUCAAAUCCUAUAGCCAUAGUCCCUACCUGCAAAGAAAUGUUGUAGCCUAUAGGUAGGCCACCAUCAUGUGGUAGUAUAUAAGAAAUGUAGACCUACAAUCUGAUAGGAAAGGUGGAGUUUCCUCCUCAUUGCUUACAAAAGUGUAAAAGAUCAGAUUUUAAACAAACAGGUAAAUAGUGGUGAUUCGGAACCAUGGUCAAAGACAAUCAGAAUUCCGAUUCAGCACCUGUACAGCGUGGACAGCGACAAUGCAAACGAAGAAUGUUUGCCCUUAACUCCGCGUUUCCCAAACUCAGUCCUCGGGACUCCAAAGGGUGCACGAUUUUUGUCCUAACACUACAUAGCUGAUUCAAAUGAUCAAAGCUUGAUUGAUAGUUAAUUAUUUGAAUCAGCUGUGACGUGUUAGGGCAAAAAACAAAAAGUGCACCCGAGGACCUAUUUGAUACGGACUCUGCAGAAGUCAGGGCAUUCAUACUUCUUGCGCUUCAAUGCGGAGCUAUAUGGAGCCCUCUAUAUUGUUACAACAUUUGAGAGAUGCAUGGCGUGGCUCUGUAGGCUUCGCAACUGCAUCACACCAUCCAUACGGCGCCUCAAGCCACAUUUUCGGAUCAAGCCUAAAUUGGCUCAUAGUCUGAGGAUUCCCACAUUCCUAUCCACACCAAAUAUAUUUUGGUUUUGAGCUAUCAGAUGCCUUUUGCAACACACUGUUUAUGUCGACAAGUGUCCAUCAUGUCAGUGAACUAUUUGGGUCAGAACCUAAUGAGGAUCGCAUGACGCACGCGAUGAUAUUGUGCAACCUUCAUCAACAGCAAUGGCAAUGUCAAAAUAAAUAAACUGUAAAAUAGUAGUGAAAUUGGAGUAAAGUACCCGCCAACGCGCCAGAUAUCAAGUUUUUCGAAAAAAAACUCAUUAAAAUAAUGUUAGCGCAGGUGUCACAUAUAGGCUACAUUUUGGCAAUCAAAAUUGUAAACAAAUAAGAGUAGUUUGGAGUCACAAAACGAAAUCUGCCAAGCACCCCAAAGCGGAGUAGCAACAGGUGUGCCUAUUGGCUCAGAGCUCGGCAGCUGAAAUAGCUAUGCAAACAGUUUCCCUCUCUACAUUGCUUUUUAAUUAUAGACAGGAUGCGGGUGACGACAGUCGUCCCAUCGAGACCUCAAAUGCUGGAAUAAAUUUGACAUUAAGAUACUUGAUCUUGGCUCCAGUGAUGCGACGUAAAUACGAGGUGCACUAUAAAGUCUGGGUCCCCCGCUGGAACAUAAGUUGUUUACCCUGAUAAAAGGUACCUGCUCUGGACAUAACCCUGCCCAAGCUUGACAAGAGAGGGCUCCUUUAAAAUCCAAUCCGCGGGACUUUACGUAAUAGAACAGAGGCACAAAAGCGAGGAUUUCGCGACAAGGGGACUGACUCUCGAGCGGUGGAAGCGCAGCCGCAACCGGGCAAACAGAGGAUCUCAAGAGAUUCACGUGUUCCGCCAACAUUUCCACACCUUGGUGACCCCUUCAAGACAGAAAGACAAAAAGCUAGGAAGUUGAAAACGAAAGGAAGUUAGGAAGUUGAAACAGAAGAAGGAAGAAGAAGUUGUGGUGGAAGAAAAGAAAGUUGUGACAGGAAGUAAAGAGUUUCUGCAGGAAGCGGCCCAAAAUGGCGGCCACCGAACUGCAGCGCGGUCUGGAGCAGGCUGGGCGGGGCUGGGGAACAGAGAAGGUGGAGCUUCUGGACAGCUUCGACUCAGAGAUGCAGGAAUGGGAGGACCAGCUGCAGGACAUGCAGAGGAAGAUAGAGGAGCUUUACAAUGAGGUGCAGGCUCGUAGAGGGGGAAAUGAUGUCACCAUGGACAACGGCAAAAAUGAUAGGAUGCACCAUGGCAAUGGCUUCUGUGACCUGCCUGGCAGCCAUAGCAACAGAACCAAGGACCAACCAAGAGCUGUUGUUGUGCCAAAUCACUGUAGCAACGGUUGUAGUCACGGCCCCAACGGUUACGGCGAACCUGUCAACCAUCAGAUUGGUGGUUAUCCAAAUUGCAACGGUGCGGUGGAACUUGAAGACUUGUUGCAGGAUUAUCUUGGACAUGGUCACGGAAAGACCUGGAAGACCAACUCAGCUCUCAAUAAUGUAACCCUUGUCCCACUUCUCUCUCAGCAUCUGAAGGAGAUCACUAAAGGGAGCCAGGAUCAGUCUCUGCACCGGGAUGCGAUGAAGAGGCCUGUUGAGAAUGAGAGGAUUGGUCAGGUGCGGUUUGCAGACGAGGAGGCUGAGAACAGGAAGAACAGAGUGUCACACAGAAAGAGUUCCCCCUGCAGGGACCUUAACAAGCCCCCUCUUAGACAGAGAGAAGUCCCUCCCGUACCCCCCCGCUCCACCUCCCAGGUUGCCUCAUCCGAGACUUCCCCAGCCCUUGACAGAAAGUCCCACCCCCCCGGGGUCCUUGUGGACAAGAAGUGUUGUAGCCCCUCGGUCCUCAGGAAGUUUGGGGCCAUGCUCCAGAAGAACGAGGGGAAAACCCUCACCAACACCGGUGUGGUGACCAACCAGGUGCCUAUCGAGAACAAGUGCCCCACCCCCGUCUGUCAGCGUAAAGAGCUGGGCGGCAGCAGGGCGCCUGGGCACUUGCCUGUCCAGAAAUGCCAGGCGGAUUCCAUCAUGCUUACAGUGGCAAUGGACCCCAGCAAAGAACGAGGAUCUGGUGGGGCAGUGAGAGACUAUAGGAGAGAGAGCCAGCUUGGUGAGGGUAGAGGCACCUCAAUGGGUAGCUAUGCUCACCCUAAAGGAUCCCAGGCAGGGCGUCAGAGGAGGGCCGAGGCCAAAGCAAGGGCCCUCGGAGGGGCAGACAGAGAGACAGACAUUGGUCUGGUCCAGGGGGAGAGGGCCAGGAGGCCUGCAUACCAGCCUAGGGAGCCCAUACUGGACUACAGGAACUUGAGUGGGUCCCAUGUUGGAGCUCAGAGGAUUCAGAGGGGAGGGCCAGUUGCAGGUCAGAAUAAGGCUGAUGGACUCAUUGAGCUACUGGAUAUGCUGGACAUCGAGCACGAGUACAACUCCAGCCCCCGAGCCACAAAGUCUGCUUACAGAAAGGACACACAGAAGGUGAGCCCAGCCGAGUUGUCCCCAGCAACCCCGUCACUGAACUUCUCUCGUCCUGCCCGCCCAGCCAAUCAACGCCCUCCAUCCAGGUGGGCUAGCUGUGCUCCCACUGCCUUGAUCUCUGCCCCCUCCGGUCCAAUGUCCCGCGCCCCAAGCCCCUUGGCACACACCCCUAGCCCCAUAGCAAGAACCCCAAGCCCCGCACUAAAGCAGCAAUCUUUCUGCUCCUAUUUGCUCCACACCGAGACUGUCAUCAUGUGAGAGACACGUUCCCCGACCCCCUUUUGACCCCGCCUCCCCCAAUUCAACCCCACAGGACUCGGAUGAUAUAGUCUGCCCUUUCUUGAAAUAUUAAAGACUGUUCUUUCGAUCCAUCUUGAAAAAAGUGCUUUAAGAGAUUUUCUAUGAGAUUACUUAGAAUGACUUACACAUAUAAGAAACAAAAUGGUUGACUCCUAUUCAGUCUCCAGUGUUAGUGGCCUUCCUUUCUCCUGUGCCAAACUUCUUUACUUUUUGUUUCUUUCACUCUCUUUUACUUCCCUUCUAUUCUUUCAUUUUCUCUUUCUUUUUAUUGAUGAUUUUUGGAUGGCUGUGUAUAUUGCGAUACAGCAUGGCCCCCUUACUUGUGUGUGUGUGUGUGUGUGUGUGUGUGUGUGUGUGUGUGUGUGUGUGUGUGUGUGUGUGUGUGUGUGUGUGUGUGUGUGUGUGUGUGUGUGUGUGUGUGUGUGUGUGUGUGUGUGUGUGUGUGUGUGUGUGGCUUGUUGGCUUGUUUUUAAAAGCGAGUUGGCCGUGUCCUGUCACCACAGCAGCAACAUGCUAACUGUCUAUAGUGUGUUUUACUGUGUCAUAUUAUCAAAAUAACAAAUUUGAAAAUGUUCAAGUAACCAUAGUAAGACAUACAGUUAUGACUAUGUAAUGCUUCUGCUGUCCUUUUUUCUCUCUUGAUAAUAAAUAAACACGACAGUGCUUUAA